GUAUUAUUUUGUGGUGCCAUGAUGCCUUCUCCUUGGUUUCAAGAUGGCGUCGUCGUUUUGGAAAGGUGUUGUCGGAGUCGGUCUUUUUGCUUUAGCUCAUGCGGCUUUUUCAGCAGCACAACAUCGAUCAUACAUGCGUCUCACAGAGAAAGAAAAUGAAACGCUACCAAUAGAUAUUGUAUUACAGACAUUAUUAGCCUUUGUCAUGACCUGUUAUGGUAUUGUCCACAUUGCUGGAGAGUUCAAAGACAUGGACGCCUCCUCAGAGCUGAAAAACAAAACAUUUGACACGUUUACGAACCACCCGUCGUUUUACCUUUUCAACCACAGAGGCCGAGUGCUUUUCAAAUCACCGGAAGUGAUCCCAUCUGAACGCAACCAGCAAGCCCUCCCCAACCCCAUACGACUACGCAAGCUUGAGCAUUUGCACUGAGACUGAACCUAUCUCUGCCUGUAACCUCAUCCAUGUUUAGAGAAACCAUUUUGUUAGACACUGAAAAAAGUGAAUUUAAUUUGUACAUAAAACUGAUUUGAAAUGAUGGCUACACUUCGACCACUGACUUGACUGUGCCAACCCUUCAGUUUUCAGCAACUUUGUAAAUACUAAACAGUGUGUAUUGCUUGGAGUCUUAAAAGUACAGAAAUGGCGCCCCCUAUUAUCUUUUUCAGCUGAUUUGCGACAAUGUUGUUCGUAAUGGGGAGCUGAGAGGCCUGUUUGUUACUGUUUAAAUUUCAUAAGUCUGCUUAAAAAGUUAUUUCAAUUUAGGUUUUAUUAUGAAAUGAAAGCCGCAAUGUUUUGGUCUCUUGGGCCCUGUAUGUUGAAACUGGAGUUUGCUUGAUAAUUGUAUUUUUGUGGCAUAAAUGUUUUACUUGCAAUCUAGUAGAUCUAUAUUGAGAAGGUAUGCUGAACAGAUAAACAAUUCAUUAGCUACAAAUGGUUUUGAAACAGAAAUUGCGUAAUGUAAGCUUUAUCAAAAAUAUCAUCUACCUUCUAUCACAUGUUCUGCUCAAAUCCUUACCACACAAAUUUAAGUGUAACCUAAAAUGUGAAAGAUUUAAACUAUUAGAUAAAUGUACUAACUUGCUUAAAAUCAUGAUGAAGCAUAAAACUAAUUGGCCUAGCUUUAAACUGUUAUGGUAACUAGUUUUUGAUUUUGUAACUAAUUUGACUGCGUUUAUUGAAUAAGUUAAUAAAUGAUGUUGCUACUCAAAAAUUAAGCUCGAAUAUUGUUAAGUAAAUGUACUUGAAUCCAGCUUGAUGUUAUUCCACCUGCUCUUUCCCCCUGUUUGUUUAUAGUUGUGUCGUGGCAGUACAGGGCCCUAGACAUCCAGUUUGCAAUAAAAUGUUUUGGAGAUAUUUUUGAUGGACUGUUAUGACUGAGUUAACCAUGCUGUGCUAAAGUAGAGAGAAAAGGUACAUUAAUUUGGGGAAAGGGUUUAUCCUUGUUUUUUGUUAAGGUUUUUAAUUUAAUAAAAAGCAUUUUGAUUUUACAA